CUCACCCGAAAAAACUCGCUACUGACGCCGAGUUCGACUCGUUCUUCUUUAAGCUCGGAACGGAAGCUCCUUUUCUUUCUUCUCUUCUUCUUCUUCUUCUUUUUCUUCUUCAUCGGCGGGGAAAAGAAGAGGCUAGGUUUUUAGGGUUGUUGGGAUAAAGAUCCGGUGAAGAGGCCAAUGGAGAUUUCAGAGAAGAAGGAAGCGGAGAUAAAGGGUUCGAAUCCUCAGAGUCAGACACUUGUGGAUGCAUUGGCCGCUUCUGAAAAAGAAGCAGAAGAGCGAGAAAGGCAAGCACGCGAACUCAAAGCCGGUUUUCAUCCUUUAAAGCAUAAGUUUGUAUUUUGGUACACCCGUCGGACACCUGGAGUUCGGUCCCAAACAUCAUAUGAGGACAACAUAAAGAAAAUUGUGGAGUUCAGUACGGUUGAAGGUUUUUGGGUUUGUUACUGUCAUCUGGCUCAUCCUUCUUCUUUGCCAAGUCCAACUGACUUGCAUCUAUUCAAGGAAGGUAUCCGCCCUCUGUGGGAGGAUGCUGCUAACUGCAAUGGUGGAAAGUGGAUAAUACGAUUCAAAAAGGCAGCGUCUGGUCGCUUCUGGGAAGAUCUGGUUCUAGCAUUGGUCGGAGAUCAACUUGAUUAUGGGGACAACAUAUGUGGUGCAGUGUUAAGUGUUCGCUUCAAUGAGGACAUUUUGAGUGUCUGGAAUCGGAAUGCAUCUGAUCACCAGGCUGUGAUGGCUUUAAGGGAUGCAAUCAAAAGACAGUUAAAGCUUCCCCAUAGCUAUGUAAUGGAAUACAAGGCCCAUGAUGCAUCUUUACGUGACAAUUCAUCAUACAGAAACACAUGGUUGAGAGGAUAGGGAUAACUGGGUAAUGGCAGUUCAUAUUUUAUAAUCUUAAAACGUUUUGCUGGUGGUUCAUUUGAUACCAUCUCCACUUUGUGCUAAGUCCAUUUAGUUUAGUGACAAUAAAUUCAUCUUGACCUGAUGACCACAGUCAUUUGAUUUAGUAUUGAGGCUUAAUAACUGAGUAGUUACAAAGUGAUCGGUUAUAAUUCUUGCCUUUUA